AUGUCUAUCGAUUUCCCAAAGGAGGAGGAGGAGGUCAUCAAGAGAUGGCGCGAGAUCAAGGCCUUUGAGCGUCAACUCGAGUUGACCCAGGGCAAGCCCCUCUACACUUUUUAUGAUGGUCCUCCCUUUGCCACCGGCCUUCCUCAUUACGGCCACUUGUUGGCGUCCACCAUCAAGGACAUCAUCCCCAGAUAUUGGUCUAUGAAGGGCUUCCAUGUUGAGAGACGCUUUGGGUGGGACACUCAUGGCCUACCCAUCGAACACGAGAUUGACAAGAAGCUGGGCAUAUCUGGUAAAGCUGCGGUCAUGAAGCUGGGCUUGGAGAAAUACAAUGCCGAAUGUAGAUCCAUUGUCAUGCGCUACCGCGAAGAAUGGCGUCACACCAUUGAGAGACUUGGCCGCUGGAUUGAUUUUGAUAACGAUUACAAGACCAUGGAUCCGACGUUCAUGGAAUCCGAAUGGUGGGUUUUCAAGCAGCUAUUCGACAAGGGGGCAGUCUAUCAGGGUCAUCGCGUCAUGCCCUAUUCCACUGCCUUGACCACAGCCUUGAGUAACUUCGAGGCCAACCAGAACUAUCAGGAUGUCACUGAUCCUGCUAUCGUCAUCUCGUUCCCUCUCUGUGACGAUCCCGAAACCCACUUGUUGGCUUGGACGACCACACCUUGGACAUUGCCAUCACAUCUCGGCCUGGCUGCCAACCCUGACUUCGAAUAUAUCAAAAUACACGACGAAAAGACUGGAAAGAAGUACAUCAUUUUGGAGAAACUGCUCAGUACCCUGUACAAGGAUCCCAAGAAGGCCAAGUACAAGGUCCUUGAGAAGAUUCAGGGCAAAGACAUGCUCGGCUGGCAGUAUGAGCCCCCUUUCAACUAUUUCUACGAAGAUUACAAAGAUGUUGCCUUCAAAGUGUUGAAUGCUACCUAUGUCACCGACGACAGCGGUACCGGUAUCGUUCACCAGGCCCCAGCUUUCGGUGAGGAUGAUUACAAUGUUGCUGUCGAUGCCGGUAUUGUUACCGAAAAGAGACCCCCCCCAGACCCAAUUGAUGAUAGUGGGCACUUUACCUCGCGCAUCUCUGACUUCGCGGGGAUGCAUGUCAAAGAGGCUGACAAGCACAUUAUCAAGCACCUUAAAGGCACGGGAAGAAUUGUUGUUGACUCUUCGCUCAAGCAUUCAUACCCUAUGUGCUAUCGUUCGGAUACCCCUCUCAUUUACCGAGCCGUGCCUUCUUGGUUCGUUCGUAUUCCCGAGAUUAUCCCUCAGAUGCUUGAGAACAUUAAAGGGUCUCACUGGGUGCCCUCCUUUGUCAAAGAACGCCGUUUUGCCAGUUGGAUUGAAAACGCCCGCGACUGGAACGUAUCGAGGAACAGAUAUUGGGGCACUCCGAUCCCGCUGUGGGUGAGCGAGGAUAUGGAAGAGCGGGUCUGCAUUGGCAGCGUGCAGGAAUUGCGAGAGCUGAGCGGCUAUACCGGGGACCUGUCUGAUCUUCACCGUGAUAACAUUGAUCACAUUACGAUCCCCAGUAAGCAGGGCAAGGGCACUCUGAGGCGAAUCGAAGAAGUCUUCGAUUGUUGGUUUGAAUCCGGCAGCAUGCCUUACGCCAGCCAGCAUUACCCCUUCGAGAAUGUCGACAAAUUCAAGGCUGCUUUUCCAGGCGAUUUCAUUGCCGAAGGCCUUGACCAGACAAGGGGCUGGUUUUAUACACUCCUGGUACUCGGAACCCAUCUUUUUGGGAAGUCUCCUUUCCAGAACUGUGUCGUGAACGGCAUUGUUCUGGCCGAGGACGGCAAAAAAAUGUCAAAGCGUCUCAAAAACUAUCCGCCGCCAGACCUGGUGAUGGACAAGUAUGGAUCCGAUGCCCUCCGUCUUUACCUCAUCAAUUCCCCCGUGGUUCGUGCCGAGCCUCUACGUUUUAAGGAGUCCGGAGUCAAGGAGGUUGUACAGAAGGUUCUAUUGCCACUCUGGAACAGCUACAAGUUCUUCGAAGGUCAGGUAUCUCUCCUCAAAAAGGUCGAGGGCAUCGAUUACGUUUGGAACCCCGAGGCCCAAUCAAAGAACGAUAACGUCAUGGAUCGGUGGAUCCUGGCCAGUUGCCAGAGUCUUCUGCAAUUCGUCAAUGACGAAAUGAAAGCAUACCGUCUGUACACUGUUGUUCCACGUCUUCUCGGUCUCAUUGAGAACACGACAAACUGGUACAUCAAGCUGAACAGGAGACGUCUCAAGGGCGAGAACGGUGUUGAAGACACCAAGCAUGCUCUCAACACCCUGUUCGAAGUUCUCUUCACCUUAUGCCGUGGCCUCGCUCCUUUCACACCCUUCAUCACCGACACCAUCUACCAGAAGCUAAGGCCUUUCAUUCCGAAGGAGGCCGAGGCUCAGGACGCGCGUAGCGUUCACUUCUUACCCUUUCCUGAUGUGCGCCAAGAGUUGUUCGACCAGGAGGUCGAACGCAGAGUGGGUAGAAUGCAGAGAGUCAUUGACUUGGUCCGAGUCUCGCGCGAGAGAAGGGCCAUUGGGCUCAAGACGCCUUUGAAGACGCUUGUAGUGAUACACCGCGACCCUCAGUACCUCCAGGACCUCGAGUCGCUCUCUUCAUACAUAAGGGAAGAGAUGAACGUCAGAGAUCUCAUCCUCUCUUCUGAUGAAACUAAGUACAAUGUUCAAUAUAGCGUGACUGCGGAUUGGCCGGUUCUUGGCAAGAAACUCAAGAAGGAUAUGGCGAGAGUGAAGAAAGCACUUCCUACACUCAGCAGCGACGCCGUCAAGGAAUACUCAGAGAAGAAGGAGAUUCUCGUGGACGGUAUCCGAUUAGAGGAGGGCGACCUAGUUGUGAGGCGCGGGUUGAGGGAGGAUGAAGCAUCCAAGAACUUGGAGCCAAACUCGGACAAUGAUGUGCUCACCAUUCUGGAUGCUGAGCUCUACGUGGAUCUCGCGCAUGAGGGUAUUGCCCGAGAGAUCAUCAACCGUGUCCAGCGUUUGAGGAAGAAGGCCCAACUCCAACCAACGGACGACAUCAAGAUGGAGUACCGCGUUCUUAGCGACCCGGAUAACAUCGGCCUCGUGGAGGUAUUUGAGACCCAAUGCAAGGCUAUCGAGAAGGCGUUACGCAGGCCGAUGGACAAGCACGAGGUUACGCAGGUGGACGGAGAGAUCCCCUCUGAGAAGCAAAAGGGAGUCAUAGCGGAGGAGGAACAAGAAGUUCAACACGCGACAUUCUUGCUUCGACUACUUGAGCUGUAA